AUGAUCCGGGCCUUCUCGUUCCCGGUGAGCCCCGAGCGGGGUCGGCUGCGGGGCUGGCUAGAGGGCAGCCUGGCCGGUCUCUGCGAGUUACACUGGCUCCGUGAGAGGCAGGAGUACCGCGUGCAGCAGGCGCUGCGGCUGGCCCAGCCCGGAAUGGGGGGCGCCGAGGCCGAGGACGAGGAGGACGCCGACGAGGACGAAGAUGCGGCGGCGGCGCGCCGGGCCGCAGCGGCCCUGGAAGAGCAGCUGGAGGCCUUGCCUGGGCUCAUCUGGGACCUGGGCCAGCAGCUGGGAGACCUGAGCCUGGAGUCUGGGGGCUUGGAACAGGAGAGUGGACGCAGCUCGGGCUUCUAUGAAGACCCCAGCUCCACGGGAGGCCCGGACUCACCACCCUCGACUUUCUGUGGGGACAGUGGCUUCUCUGGCUCUGGCUCCUAUGGACGCCUGGGUCCCGCUGAACCCCGAGGCAUCUAUGCCAGCGAGAGGCCCAAGUCCCUAGGAGACGCCAGUCCCAGCGCACCCGAGGCAGUGGGCGCUAGGGCAGCCGUGCCGCGGUCCUUCUCGGCGCCCUACCCGACGGCUGCGGGGUCUGCGGGCCCGGAGGCCUGCUCCUCCGCGGAGCGACGAGCCCGCGCCGGGCCCUUCCUGACGCCCAGCCCCCUGCACGCCGUGGCGCUGCGCAGCCCACGGCCCUGCGGCCGCCCUCCCCCGGACUCGCCCGACGCCGCGGGCGCGGGGCGGCCCCUGGACGGCUACAUCUCGGCGCUCUUGCGCAGGCGCCGCCGCCGGGGGGCGGGCCAGCCCCGGACCAGUCCCGGGGGCGCGGACGGGGGCCCGCGGCGCCAGAACAGCGUGCGCCAGCGGCCUCCCGACGCGUCCCCGCCCCCCGGAGGCGCGCGAUCCGCGCCCGAGCCCCCGGUGGAGCGCGCGGGGGUCCGUCCCGCCAGCCCGGCCCCGUUGGGCCGCGCCUGGGCCUCGCCGUGGGAGGCGGAGGCGACCCCCGAGCCCGUGGCCCCGCCCGCUGCCCCCUCGCCCCCCGACAGCCCGGCGGAGGGCCGCCUGGUGAAGGCACAGUACAUCCCGGGCGCGCAGGCCGCCACCCGCGGCCUCCCUGGCCGCGCAGCGCGCCGUAAAGCGCCCCCUCUGACACGGGGCCGCAGCGUGGAGCAGUCCCCACCCCGGGAGCGUCCCCGGGCCGCGGGCCGCCGCGGACGCAUGACCGAGGCCUCGGGCCGCCGGGGCUCGCCCAGGGCUCGCAAGGCCGCGCGCUCCCAGUCCGAGACCAGCCUUUUGGGCCGCGCCGCCGCAGUUCCUCCAGGUCCCCCCAAGUACCCCACAGCCGAAAGGGAAGAGCCUCGGCCGCCACGGCCUCGCCGUGGUCCAGCGCCCACUCUCGCGGCUCAGGCCGCUGGGUCCUGCCGCCGCUGGCGCUCCACGGCCGAGAUCGACGCUGCCGAUGGGCGCCGAGGCCGGCCCCGCGGCCCCGCCGCCCGAGGCCCGGGUCCUGGCCCAUCCCCGUCAGCUCCUCAGCGCCGUCUACUCUACGGCUGCGCGGGCAGCGACUCGGAGUGUUCGGCCGGGCGCCUGGGGCCCUUGGGGCGCCGGGGCCCGGCAAGCGGCGUUGGCGGAGGCGGCUACGGGGAGAGUGAAUCGAGCGCCAGCGAGGGCGAGUCGCCUGCCUUCAGCUCCGCAUCCAGCGACUCCGAUGGCAGCGGUGGCCUCGUGUGGCCGCAGCAGCUGGUGGCAGCCACCGCAGCCUCCGGGCCAGGGGCUGGUGCGGGUGGAGGGGCGCCUGCGGGCCCCGCCAAAGUCUUUGUGAAGAUCAAGGCUUCCCACGCGCUCAAGAAGAAGAUCCUGCGUUUCCGUUCGGGUUCUCUCAAGGUCAUGACUACAGUGUGA